GUACCUCUGCGGUCUCCGUCCUGUAUGCCCAGCCUUCAGUUUGAAUCUUCGGGCGGUUUUUAGCUACAGCAGCGAAAGGAAACUUUUAGAAUGGCCACCCCUGCCACCAGCCCCGACCAGGGCGCAUUUAAAACCCCUAAAAUUGUCCGAGUGAGGAGCACCGGAAGCACCAGCGGAACCCCCAUCACCAUCCCUGCCUCUCCUUUCAUGAAGAAGUUGGGUUGUGGGACUGGAGUCAACGUCUAUCUUAUGAACAGAGUGGGCAACCUAAAUGCAUCACCCUGGGCUGUGAAGAAGAUCAACAGUAAAUGUGCAGCCAAACAGGUGACUGUUUACCAGGAGCGCCUCAACGAGGAGGCAAAGGUCCUGAAAGGAAUCAAUCACCCAAACAUUGUUGGUUUCCGUGCCUUCACCACUGCCAAAGAUGGCUCCAAGUGUCUGGCCAUGGAGUACGGAGGAGAGCAGUCCCUCAAUGACCUGAUAGAGAAGCGGAGGGAGGACGGCCUGAAAGCUUUUCCUGCCGCUAUUAUAGAGAAAGUGGCACUGCAUGUGGCUCGUGGCCUGCAGUAUCUACACAAUGAGAAGAAGCUGCUGCACGGGGACAUGAAAUCAUGUAACGUGGUCAUCAAGGGUGACUUUGAAACAGUGAAAAUCUGCGAUGUUGGCGUGUCUCUGCAGCUGGAUGAAAACAUGAAAGUGUCUGACCCAAAAGCGGAGUACAUCGGCACAGAGCCGUGGAAGCCCAAGGAAUGUUUGGAAGAAGGUGGAGAGAUCACAGACAAGGCAGACAUCUACGCCUACGGUCUCACUCUGUGGGAGAUGAUGACGCUGGCCAUGCCUCAUCUGGAGAUGCUGGAGGAUGAUGAGGGUGAAGUUUUAGAGGACUCUAUGGAGCUGAGUUUUGAUGAGGACGCCUACUAUGAGCGGCUGGGGACGCGGCCGGCACUGGACACCGAGGCUCUGGGCAGCUCGUACCGGAGAAUGGUGGAGCUCUUCUACCUCUGCACGGAGGAGGACCCCAAGAAAAGACCAACAGCCGCCCAGAUCGUCCAGGCUUUAGAGAGCAACGCCUCCCUGGACAAAACGCCCUCUGAGGUGAUCGUUAUCGACUGAGUUAUUCUGCUCGCUGUGUCAGAGGUGCAGCUUAGAAAUGUGUAAUGAAACUUCAUAAAUGUCGGGCUAAUAGAUUUUUUUUUUAAGGGGUUAAUGAUUAUAGAACAGAUGGACAUAAUGAGUCCCCUGAUUCAUAUCUAUUUUUUCUGCACGGGUUAAUAAACAAACUAACACUGAGCAUAAACAUAGUUAAUGGUCAAAGUGGAUUUAAAGAUAAACAUACUACAGACUCACUUGCUCAAAUGCCUUUCCAGUUUGUGCUGACCUCUUUAUAUCGCUAUUUGUCUGUUAUCUUUCCUAUUGUGUUACAGUCGUGUUUUAUAUUGUAAAUGUUUUUACUUUCAUCCACUGUUUAUAUGUAUUUGUCAUUUUAAUCUCAUUCAACUUGUAACCUGUAAAAUGUUUGUUUAUAGUUUUUUUUUUUUUUUGAAUAUCAAUAAAUUGGACAAUGAUCCCAGACCCC